UAAUCAGAUGGAAUGUUAGGUACAAAGUAAUUAAUGUAUCUAACCAUAUUCCUAACCCUAACUUCCUAAUUCUAACUUCAGGCAUAUGAAGCAGUGCUGAUUACCUUUGACUUUCUAAGAUGAAGAAGUGCAGCGAUCACAUGACCAUGCUGGUGAUUGACAGCGAGAGUGAGAAGAGCUACGUCCGCAGGGGGAUGCCCAUCGUGCCGGUGUUGGCUGACCCCCAGAACAUGGCACUCCGGCCCCGAAGACUGCGACUGGCGCAGGGCCACUCAGGCUACGGCUUCCUGCUCAGGCAGGAGAAGAUCACAGCAGGGCGGCCAGUUCAUAUGCUGCGGGAGGUGGAUGCAGGCAGCCCUGCGGAGGCAGCAGGAAUUAAGGAUGGAGAGCUCCUGUUGGAGGUUAAUGGGGAGUCCACUGAUAGCCUGGGUCACGAGGAUGUCGUCAGCAAAAUCAGACAGAGCGGAAAGCAUGUCACCCUCACCACUAUGACUGUCCACGGCCAAGACUUGUACACUCAGGUGGGUGAGGUGGAUGCAUUAAUCAGGGACUCAGAAUCAGAAUUUAGAAUCAGAUAUAAGAGUUAUUCAACUGUUAAACCAGUAAAUAAUUCAUCAUACAUUUGCAAACAAGUUAGGAACAAUAAUAUCCAGGAUAGAGGCAGAUAUACAUGGGGAAAAAGUUACAUAUUAAACUUCACUUUGAUUACCAUUUGAGGUAUGAAACCU